AUCUACACGUGUGACAAAUACCUUAUUGCCACAAAACACACAAAUCCCAAACCUUUCCAUUUUUAUGAUUUUAUCAUAUCACACACCACCCUCUUAUUUAUCCUCUCCACCACCACCACCACCACCACAACAACCCACCGCCGCCACGUCAUCAUUUAACCUCCAAACAUGACUGACAGAGUCUACCCUUCAUCAAAACCCAAACCCAAUACCACCACUAAAACCACCGCCGCCGGUGGCGGCGGCGGCGGCACCACCACCACACCAAACCGAAACCUCCCACCACCACCAAACAAAACCCAAUUCAACACCACCACCGCCAACAAUCGCCACCCUUACCGCCCAAACCCCACCACCACCACCCACCGUCGCCGGCGCCGGAGCUGCUUCUGCCUAUGCUGUUUCUGGUCAACACUCAUCAUCCUCCUCCUCCUCCUCAUCUCCACCAUCGCCGGCUGCAUCCUCUACCUCCUUUACCACCCCCACCGCCCCACAUUCUCCAUCGCCGCCCUCAAAAUCUCCCAAUUCAACCUCUCCACCACCUCCUCCGACGACACCACCCGCCUCACUUCCAAACUCAACCUCACCCUCUCCACUUCAAAUCCCAACAAAAAAAUCACAUUUUUUUACGACCCAUUUACCAUAACUUUACAAUCCCACGAAACCCAACUCGCAAACGGAUCUUUCCCUAAUUCUUUAACCAUCAAACCCAAUAACAUCACCAUUAUUCACUCACAGUUAUACACCACCUCCUUGCUUCUUGACCCAGAAACUGUCACCAAAAUAAGAUCAGAUCUGAAGAAGAAAUCUGGGAUGCCGUUGAAAUUACUGUUGGAUACUGAAGUUAGAGUCAAAAUUGAAACUUUGAGGACGAAAAAAGUUGGAAUUCGGAUCGAAUGUGAUGGGAUUCAUAGCUUGAUUCCGAAAGGUGGUGGGACUGGGCGGAAUACGACGGCGUCGUCGGCGGUGGCGGCUACUGUAACGGCGGCGAAAUGUAAGCUUGAUCUUCGGAUCAAGAUCUGGAAAUGGACUUUCUGAAUUUUAUUAAUUUUUUGGGGUUUUAUUUUAUUUAUUUGUGUAUUAUAAUUUUUUAUGAGGUUUUUUUUUUUGCUGGUGUAAUCUAAAGGAACCAUAACCACUUCUUUUUUUUCUUUUUUAUUUUCUUGUUAUUUAUUUUACUAUUUUUCAUCAUCAAACUGCAAAUGUAACCGUUAUAUUUAUUUGGGAUACAUAUAUUUCUUUUCUACACCAAAA